AUGGCAGACCAACAACCUAAAUUCGUUUCACCCCCCGAGGGACUGUGGAUACUUGAUGAUACUGGGAAAAAUCUCGAAUUCAUGUCUGAAGAAGAGCUGGACCGAAAUUCCAUCAAAGCCACUGAUCAUACAAUCCCCAGAGAGACAUCCGCAGAGGUCAUCGCCAAAUACCUUUCUACCCUGACUCCUCAUCAGAAGAAGAUGCAAGAUAAGCUCCGCGACUUGGGCUGGAAUGACAGUGCCAUUCACAACUUGCUCACUAUACUUGAAGAUGCACAGCGGUACAACUGCGCAAAGCUACGCCAGAAGGGAUACACCGAAUCUGAAAUUCAAAGGCUUGAUGCGCUCGGUAACCAAAAUUUAAUGGAUUUCUCGCAUCUCAAACGUGGACUUACCAGCAAAGCCGAUGAAGAUUACCGGCUGCAGCUGUACUUGCUGGAUGAGGUGAAACGAAGACGUCGGGCUAUGCUUGGGGAAGAGUAA